AUGAUUCCUUUCCUAUCGCCUGCGCCCACCAUCCGCCUCGAUGACGCAACAUUCUCCGGCUUCACAAGUGGCAAGACCGAACAGUUUCUCGGAAUUCCGUUUGCAUACCCACCGACUGGAGACCGUCGGUUCCGUCUCCCGGAGCCUCUCCUGCCAUAUCAAGGUUUACAGAAAGCGACUGCGUUUGGGCCUUCAUGCCCUCAGCAGCCCAUGGUUCUUCCCAGCUGGGUCAAUAGUGCCUUAUCAAAGGUCCUCAAUUCAAUCGUCAGCACGAUGUAUAAAGCUGUGACACCUGAAAGCGAAGACUGUCUCACCAUCAACGUUGUCAAACCUACAAAUGCCAACCCUAACUCUAAGCUUCCAGUGGUCGUAUGGUUUUUCGGAGGUGGUUUCGAGAUUGGUGGUACCGCUACGUAUGAUGGAGGAGGGGUUGUUCAGCGCUCCAUCGAUCUUAAACAACCUAUCAUUUUCGUUAGCAUGAACUAUCGUCUCACCGCUCUUGGUUUCCUUCCCGGAAAAGAGGUCAAGGAGGCCGGCGUUGGCAACUUGGGUCUUCAAGAUCAACGCCUUGCAUUACGAUGGGUUAGAAAAUAUAUCCAACAGUUCGGCGGCGACCCUGACAAGGUCACGAUCUGGGGAGAAAGCGCAGGCGCAAUCUCUGUUUCUCUGCAGAUGAUCACCAAUGGAGGGAACAGCGAAGGGUUGUUCCGUGGGGCUAUUAUGCAAUCUGGUGGACCAAUUCCGGUUGGCGAUAUCACACAUGGACAGAAUUACUACGAUGACAUCGUGAUGCGAACCGGCUGCGAGCGCAGCAAGGACACUCUACAAUGCCUUCGCGAAGUCCCAUUCACCACACUCAAAGGCGCCAUUGACCAAUCGCCCAACUUCUUUGCCUAUCAGGGAUUGGUUCUGGCCUGGCUUCCCCGUGUCGACGGGGUAUUCUUGACGGCUCCACCGCAGCAUUUGGUUCUUCAGGGCAGCGUUGCAAAUGUGCCCUUCAUCUCAGGCAACUGCGACGACGAGGGUUCACUGUUCUCCAUCUCCACCAUCAAUCUCACCACAACUCGGGAUACGCAUGAAUAUCUCAAAACAUACAUGCUUCCGUCUGCAACUGAUGAUCAGCUCGACCUCAUGCUCCGACACUACCCUGAUGACCCUCGCCAGGGCUGUCCCUUCGACACAGGCCUUGAGAAUGCCAUUAGUCCCCAAUUCAAACGUGUUGCUGCGAUACAGGGAGACGUCGUAUUCCAUGGCCCGCGGCGAUUCUUCUUGAAGAACCUGGCGAAUAAGCAGAAGGCAUGGGCCUUCGUGAGCAAGCGAGCGAAGGAUACCCCCUUCGUUGGAUCUGCUCAUGCGACGGAUCUGCUCAACUCUUUCGGAAUCGGCGAAAUGAAGGACUAUGUGAUUCGAUUCACUAACAACCUCGAUCCCAACGGACAAACGGGUUUGGGAAUUCCAUGGCCGCAAUACGACCUCUCGAAGCCGAAGGCCUUGAUUUUCCAGGACAGCUCUUUCUUCCCGCUGAAGAUCGCAGAUGACAACUACAGAGAGAAACCUCUCGAGUUUGCGAUCAAUAUGUCCUUGAUUCACCCUAUUUAA